UUCACAAUAUCAUGGAACGCAGCACUGCGACCGCUCAUGAAUGUAGUUUCGGGGCUCAUGGCUAACUGUCCAUAUCCUCACAUACUUGUUUGUUAUCAGGCUAAUCAGAACUAGUUUAACUGCGUGAAGGAGAUGUUCGUCCCUCAAGUUGCCGAGCAAUUCCAGCUGCUCGGUGUAACCGCCCUUAUCUUCGACCCUCGGAGCACUGGGGCCAGUGAUGGCAUUCCUCGCAAUGAGAUCGACCCCAUGAAACAAGUCGAGGACUACUCGGACGCGCACAACUUCUUGAGCACGUUGACGAUUGUGGACUCAAAGGCCAUUGGCUUCUGGGGAAUGUCAUUUUCAGCAGCAGUCAGUCUCUGUGCCGCAGCCCUGGACAAGAGAGCCAAAUUCAUCAUUGCUGUUUGUCCACUCUUGUCUUUUGGUUAUAGCAAGGAAAGGUUGUUGAAAGUCCUUGCAAAAGCCAUGCAGGAUAGGGCGUCUCAGAAAAAAGGAAACAGCCCAUUCUACCUCCCAAUGUUGAACGAUAAGGGCGAGAAUCCUGCCGGAUUUGGGAUGGGAAUGGACGAAGAGGUCUUCGAUCACAUCACGAGCGCGAUGGAGUGGGUGCCAUCGUUCGAGAACCGCACUACUAUCCAAUCCUAUUUCAAGAUGGUGAUGUGGCAGCCUUCGGGGCUGAUGCAGUAUGUAUCACCGACUCCGGUGAUGUUUGUGGUACCGGAACUUGACAAGGUCUCGCCUCCCGAAGACCAACUCGCUCUCUUUGAGACUUUCUCGGAGCCCAAAAAGCUACACAUUGCGCAAGGAAAAGGCCAUUUGAACGUUCUUAGUGGGGAAGACUUCCCAUCUUUGAUGAAAAUGCAAGCAGAAUGGCUCGCAACCGUUCUGGAAAAAAGACCAUAGAAGGGACAUUGUCUUCAACAGCUCUGCUGGCUAUUGUGGCUUAGCAUAUCAAGUCGGCAAGUCUGUGUCUCGACCAAGGCUGCCUAUCCUAUGGUCUUGUUAGAAUGUUGCGGCGCUGAAGAAAUUGUGGCUGUUUAAGCAUUGGAUACCUUAUCUUUGAGUGAUCUCAUUGACUAUCUGAAAGCCAUGGCUUCAUUUAUUCUUACAAAUGGAGCCGUGCCGCUUGGUGAUUAC